CUUCCUUGAUAGAAUAGCGUAUACUUCCGGUCUGGUUGUAUUUCUGCAGGAUUUGGGUCAGACCGAUUGAACGUUAUGGCUCGAAAUGCAGAAAAGGCCAUGACGGCCUUAGCCAGAUUUCGCCAGGCUCAGCUUGAAGAUGGGAAAGUCAAGGAAAGAAGGCCUUUUCUUGCAUCCGAAUGUAAUGAGUUACCAAAAGCGGAGAAGUGGAGGAGACAGAUAAUCGGUGAAAUAUCAAAGAAAGUGGCACAGAUCCAAAAUGCUGGCUUAGGAGAAUUCAGGAUACGGGACUUAAAUGAUGAAAUCAACAAGCUUAUCAGAGAAAAGGGACACUGGGAGGUGCGAAUCAAGGAGCUAGGGGGACCAGAUUAUGGUCGGAUCGGACCUAAGAUGCUCGAUCAUGAAGGCAAGGAAGUCCCAGGAAACCGAGGCUACAAAUACUUUGGAGCAGCAAAAGAUUUGCCUGGCGUACGGGAACUUUUUGAGAAAGAACCUGUACCUCCUCCCCGUAAAACGCGAACGGAGUUGAUGAAAGAUAUUGAUGCUGAAUAUUAUGGUUAUAGGGAUGAGGAUGAUGGUGUUUUAGUGCCUUUGGAGCAGGAGCAGGAAAAGAAAGCCAUUGCAGAAGCCAUAGAAAAAUGGAAGAUGGAACGAGAUGCACGACUUGUAGCUGGUGACAAGAAUGAAGAAGAGGAGGAAGUAAACAUCUAUGCCAUAAAAGAUGAUGAGUCUAGAGAAGGCAGUGAAAAUGAAAUGGAAGGAGACGAAGUCCAACAGAGAUUUAUAGCUCAUGUACCAGUUCCGUCACAGAAAGAGAUUGAAGAAGCUUUGGUUCGAAGGAAGAAAAUGGAGCUUUUGCAGAAAUAUGCAAGUGAAGCUCUGAUGGCGCAAAGUGAAGAUGCUAAAAGACUUUUAGGCAUAUAAUACUGUGUAUAUAAAAAAAUGUUUUGACAUGUUCUUAUUUUUUUAUAACAUUUGUACAAUUAAUAAUUCCAUUAAAAAAAAUGAUUUUCUACUCA